AUGUUAAGUGAAGCCCAUAAAGCUGCAGAAGAAAUGGUCUACUAUUUUCUAAGCACCCGUCAACCUGGAACAGAUAUUGCAGCAAAACUUUCUAAACAAAUAUCUGAGCAACAAGUUCGCUCAAAAAUGGGGUUAUUAUCUAUUAUUGACACAAUUAUCAGAUUGGGAAUGCGAGGAAUAGCCUUAAGAGGAAAUUGGAUUAAGAAAAGGGGUGAGGAAAAUGGCAAUUUGAUUUUUUUUCUGAACUGGAAAUCAGAAUUUGACAAAACUUUGAAAGAUCAUUUGCAAUAUUCUCCAAGGAAUGCAAAAUUUACAUCUCCUCGCAUCCAAAAUGAAAUCAUUUCAAUAUGCGAGUCCAUAAUUCGAGAGAAAAUAAUUGCCAAAAUACAGACGUAUUGGAGUUUAAUGGCAGAUGAAACAACAGAUGUUUCCUCAACCGAGCAAAUGAGUAUAUGUAUACGAUUUGUAAAUAGCAAAUUGGAAGUAUGCGAAGAGUUCUUGGGCUUUGUCAAGUUAACAAAGAUGGACGCACAGUCCGUCUAUGAUGUUUUGAUUCCAACAUUGGAAGGAUGGGGACUGGAUCUGACUGCUCUUGUUGGACAAGGAUAUGAUGGUGCAUCCGUGAUGAGUGGGAGCAAAAAUGGUCUGCACAAAAAAGUGACUGAUCACUAUCCAAAUGCAGUUUAUGUACAUUGCCGUUCUCAUGUGCUGAAUCUAGCACUUGCGGGCGCUUGCACAGGCAUUGAUUCCAUUCGGGAUUUGUUCGACAAUGUAGGGAAAAUUACACGUUUUUUAGGAGAUGGCGCAAAAAGAAAGCAUAUAUUUGUAGAGAUUGCAGCCACUGGGGUUGAUGACGAAUUAACAGCUUUAUUGACUGAAGCUGAUGAGGAAGAUGAGAAUAAAGAAGACGAAGAUGAAAACGAUAAGGAAAAUCAAGGACAGGUGAACGACGAGGAAAGUAGCAACGAUGAAGAACAAAAAAGCGAUGAAGAUGGAAGCAGUAUUCAGGAUCAUGGCUUUAACAAGUCGAAAAAGGCAAUUUUAAGAGGAACAAAGACAAAAACUGUACCAAAACUUUGUCCUACAAGAUGGAGUUCCAGGGUGGAAACACUUUCAGCACUGUUAGCUAAAUAUUCUUCUGUACUUAAAACACUCGAACAGAUUGCAGACCAAAGUAAUGGGGAACCAAGGGGCAACGCUAAUGCAUAUAUACGCUUAAUGGAAUCUCCUCAAUUCAUCGUGGCUCUCGUUGUAGUACAAUCCAUUUUAGGAUUUACAGCAGAAGUCACCAAAAUAUUGCAAGCAAAAGAAUGCAAUCUUGGAGAAGCAUACGCAGAAGUAAACAGGGCAAAAGAAUGUAUAAGAACUGCACGAGCAGAUGAUUCUUGGAAUAAAGUAUGGGAAAGAAUUCAGACUGUGGGAAACGCUGUUGAAGUUGAAAUUACAAAGCCACGUACUGCAAGAAAUCAGCGCCAUCGCGCAAAUUCUGGUAACGCAAAUCAAACUUGUGAAGAUUAUUACAGAAUUAAUGUCUACUAUCCCUUCAUCGAUCGGGUUGUUGAGGAGAUUGAGACAAGAUUUGCUUUUGAGCACAAGGGAUUGUUAGCUGCCCAAACACUUGUACCAGUCUAUCUGAAGACUCUAACUGUUGCAAAAUUGGACGAUAUAAAAGAGUUCUUUGGAAAGUUUCUUACUUUUACCCAGCUAAGUGGUUUUGAUACGGAAAUUGUACGAUGGAAACAGAAAUUCGUCGAUGUUCCUUUGAAAGAGAAACCAAAGAAUGCGUGUGAUGCUAUAACAAAGUGUGAUGCUGCAUUCUAUCCAGCAAUUAGUAAGAUCCUAACAAUUUUCUUGACAGUUCCUGUUGGAAGUGUGUGUUGUGAAAGGUCAUUUUCAGCACUUAGGCGCCUUAAGUUAUGGACACGAGCGUCAAUGGGUGAAGAACGCUUAAGUGGACUUACCAUGCUUAUGAUUAAUCAAGAUUCUUCGAAUAUUCCAACCGCAGACGAUGUUUACGCACGAAAAGCAAAAUGGCGCAUAUAA